AUGGCUGCCGGCUACAAUUGGUUCCUGGUACUGAGCUCAGUCUUUUUGUGCAAUCUCGUCAAAACACUGUUACCUUCUAUUUCUUCAUUUCUAUCAAAGAUCAUUCAGAAAGAUGCAGAACAAGAAAUGGAGAUGAGGACAGAGAUCCAGAAUAUGAGGAUGGAGCUAUCUUCCAUCAGCAUGAUGGAUGAGUUUGCCAGGUACGCUCGACUGGAGCGUAAGAUCAACAAAAUGACAGACAAAUUGAAGACUCACGUUAAGUCAAGAACUGCUCAACAAGCCAAAAUGAAGUGGAUCGUGAAUAUAGUUUUUUACAUUCUCCAGGCGGCAUUGAUGAUCUCUCUCAUUUGGAAGUACUACGCCGAUCCAGUCACAGUUGUGCCCAGUAAGUGGAUUGCCCCACUGGAGCGACUGGUGGCUUUCCCAUCUGGUGUUGCAGGUGGUGUUGGAAUAACGUGCUGGUUGGUGGUCUGUAACAAAGUGGUAGCGAUUGGUCUUCAUGCUAUAAGCUAAACUGAAUUUAGCACUACUCAUUCAUCCAGUAUUACAACAUUUCAGCUGAGCGGUUAUCUACCUCGUACCGUUAUACAUUGUGAGGUCGGUGAACCGGUCAGUUUAGUGCUUGUAUAUCUCUUUUCCAGCAUCGGAUGUUAUUACGUACGUGAACGAAACAUUUUGUCGAACAACUCGGUUUUUUUUUUUAGUCAGUUCCUGCACUUUCAAGAGGUUUAAUUUAUGCUGCUUUGUCGAACACAACGUCUGCAAAUGCUCACGUGACUGGUGUUAUUUUAGUGUAAUGUUUCGUGAGCCCAGUAGUUGAACAUUUGAAAUGAAAGCCGCGGGACACCUGAGACACAGAGCAUAAAAUCCGUAUUACCACUUACCUUUCAAUACUACAUAGCACGUGCACGUACCUUCAGCACUAGAGAGGAAGCUUUCGUAUUCGACCAAGUGGAGAAUAAUGUUUUUUGUGUGUGAUGAUCUAGAUAGCAUUGAAAUGAGUGUUUCUUUGCCCCUUCACACCUGUUUACAGGGGUUGAGAUUGAAAUGUUUUUACUGAAGGACUUGUAAAUUCAGUCCUUGCAGUAGAUGACCGAAGAAGUCAGUUGUCAUGGUUUAUUGUUGUUAUUUGUUUGUUUACUCAU